GCCGUUGUUUCCUCCGGCGGUGAGAUCUAUCGAAUCGGCAAAGUGCGUCUUCAGAUUUGAAAGCCAAGAUCAACUUUGUGGCAACGAUAGAUUCCUGUCGACCCUAAGAAGAAUUGGAGCGUUGGUGUAGGGAGGAAGGCAGGGAGUUGGUGUAGGUGGUGGCGGUCGGGCCAAGCGACGACGAUUGCCAGGUGGUGGUGGUGAUUGAUGGUGAAGGGUUGCAGGCAGUAGUCAUUGGCAGGGAGCUUGGAGGCUGUGGGAGGCUGGAGAGGUCAGACCAGCAGAGAGGGAAGGAUAGUCACUGACGUGACAGUUGGUGACCGUAGUGUAGUGGCAGCUCACCGGCGUUGACGACAGGUGGUGGUGCCAGGCGGUGGUGGUUACUUUAGACCGGACCCUAAAGGUGGGGCGUUGUAUUUAAUGCUCCGUACUCCAUAGCUGAUGGGUUAGCUUAUCACAAUUUUUCUAUAGCUGGACGUUCUUCAUCGAUCUCGCUCUCUCAAAGAAAUACCCCCUCAGAUCGUAUCCUAUCCAUAUAUCCUUAUCGGAUAGCAUCUGAUCGAAAGGGGCUUCUAGGGUAAAAUACGGAAUGACGCAGCAAACGGCUUCUUCAGAGGUUAACGAAAACAAUGAAAGAUCGACGGCGGGAAACCAAUCAGAAAAAGAUCUAAACAGUUGGUUACCUAUCACUGCUUCGAGGGAGGCAAAAUGGUGGUACUCCACCUUCCACAACGUCACUGCAAUGGUCGGAGCUGGUGUUCUUGGUUUGCCCUUCGCCAUGUCACAACUUGGCUGGACUUGUGGAAUCUUAGCCAUUAUCUUGUCAUGGGUGGUAACACUAUACUCAUUGUGGCAACUUGUGGAUCUUCACGAGGCGGUCCCCGGGAAGCGGUUUGAUCGGUACCCGGAGCUGGGAGAGCACGCUUUCGGGCCGCGCCUCGGCUACUGGACGGUGAUGCCAUCACAGAUGCUUGUCCAAGUAGGAUCCGACAUUGUCUACAAUGUCACCGGAGGCAAAUCUAUCAAGAAGGCGGCAGAAAUUUUAUUCCCAAAAUUUCAAAUCAGACAAACUUACUACAUCGUCUUCUUCACAGUGGUCCAGUUCGUCCUGUCCCAAGCUCCAAACUUCAACUCUAUAAAGGGCUUGUCUCUGCUCGCUGCUAUCAUGUCUUUCAGUUACUCAAUGAUAGCAUUUGUGACAUCACUGUUGAAGGGAUCGCACCACCACCCCUCCAGCUACGGCACGAGGCCGGACACGGCGGCCGGAAAAGUGUUCAACGCGUUCAAUGCCAUGGGGACAAUCGCAUUCGCAUUUGCCGGGCACAGUGUGGCCCUGGAAAUCCAGGCCACCAUUCCUUCAUCGCCGGAGGCUCCAUCGAAAAAGCCGAUGUGGAAGGGCGUCAUUUGGGCUUAUGUCAUCGUCUUCAUCUGCUACGUCUCCGUGGCGGCGUCGGGUUUCUGGGCGUUCGGAGAUCUGGUGGAAGAUGACAUUCUUAUCUCUCUUGAAAGGCCUUCAUGGCUCAUCGCAGUAGCUAAUGUCAUGGUCUUUAUCCAUGUGCUCGGAAGCUAUCAGGUUUUCGCUAUGCCGGUAUUCGACGCACUUGAAGCAUAUGUGGUGAUAAAUCUUGGAUUCACUCCUUCGGCCUACAUUCGCCUAUUCGCACGGAGUGCUUACGUUGCGUUUGUGGGGCUCGUAGCUGUUUGCGUUCCGUUCUUCGGUGGGCUGCUCGGUUUUUUUGGAGGCCUCGUUUUCUCGGCAACGUCCUACUUCAUGCCUUGCAUCAUAUGGCUCAUCAUAAAGCGACCAAAAAAGUGGAGUUUUCAUUGGCUUGCAUCUUGGGUCUCGAUAAUUGUUGGAGUCUUGA